AGUAAGUUGGUGUGACAGGCAGGCGCUUAAAUACCAGCCCAUGAGGAAGCUGAUCUGGUCUGUAGUGAUAGGGCGGCAGCAGCAGCCGCAGCAGCAGAGGUAGUCGGGGAGGUGAAGGAGCCAGAACACCAUGAACGACCACACAGGUGUUUCUGAGGCGUAAUUAGAUCGCGGAAGGUGAAAAUACACCUUAGAUCUUUUACCUGGCAGCACAAUAUCACUGAGAACGAAUCUGAAAGCAAAAAGGAGAGAUCAGAUCGGCCAGUCACCCCAAGAGACACCACAGUUGAAAGUUUGGAAUUAAAAAACAAUUUUUUUUUCCAUUUCCUUUUUCCCCCCUGCGGGUCACUACCAUGGUCAGAAAGCCUGUGGUGUCCACCAUCUCCAAUGGGGCUUACCUGCAGGGCAGUGUUAAUGGGAGGCUGCCUGCCCCGGGUGGCAAGGAGCCACCUGGGCAGGAGAAAGUUGUGCUGAAGAAGAAAAUCACUCUGUUGAGAGGAAUCUCCAUCAUCAUUGGCACUAUCAUCGGAGCAGGAAUCUUCAUCUCUCCUAAGGGCGUGCUCCAGAACACAGGCAGCGUGGGCUUGUCCCUGGUGGUCUGGACGGUCUGUGGGGUCCUGUCACUGUUUGGAGCCUUGUCCUACGCUGAACUGGGAACUAGUAUAAAGAAAUCUGGUGGUCAUUACACAUAUAUUCUAGAAGUCUUUGGCCCAUUACCAGCUUUUGUGAGAGUCUGGGUAGAACUGCUCAUUAUACGCCCUGCAGCCACUGCUGUGAUAUCUCUGGCAUUUGGACGCUAUAUUCUGGAACCAUUUUUUAUUCACUGUGAAAUUCCUGAACUUGCAAUCAAGCUCAUUACAGCUGUGGGCAUAACUGUGGUGAUGGUCCUAAAUAGCAUGAGUGUCAGCUGGAGUGCCCGGAUCCAGAUUUUCCUAACCUUUUGCAAGCUCACAGCAAUUCUGAUAAUUAUAGUCCCUGGAGUGAUGCAGCUAAUUAAAGGGCAAACACAGUAUUUUAAAGAUGCCUUUUCAGGAAGAGAUGCAAGUAUUAUGGGGUUGCCACUGGCUUUUUAUUAUGGAAUGUAUGCGUAUGCUGGCUGGUUUUAUCUCAACUUUGUUACUGAAGAAGUAGAAAAUCCUGAAAAAACCAUCCCCCUCGCAAUAUGUAUAUCCAUGGCCAUUGUCACUGUUGGCUACGUGCUAACAAACGUGGCCUACUUCACAACCAUUAGUGCCGAGGAGCUGAUGCUUUCAAAUGCAGUGGCGGUGACCUUUUCUGAGCGGCUCCUGGGAAAUUUCUCAUUAGCGGUUCCGAUCUUUGUUGCCCUCUCCUGCUUUGGCUCCAUGAAUGGUGGUGUGUUUGCUGUCUCCAGGUUAUUCUAUGUUGCAUCCCGGGAGGGUCACCUUCCAGAAAUCCUCUCCAUGAUUCACAUCCGGAAGCACACUCCUCUGCCAGCUGUUAUUGUUUUGCACCCUUUGACAAUGAUAAUGCUCUUCUCUGGAGACCUCUACAGUCUUCUGAAUUUCCUCAGUUUUGCCAGGUGGCUUUUUAUUGGGCUGGCAGUUGCUGGGCUGAUUUAUCUUCGAUACAAACGCCCAGAUAUGCAUCGUCCUUUCAAGGUGCCGCUGUUCAUCCCAGCUUUGUUUUCCUUCACGUGUCUCUUCAUGGUCGCCCUUUCCCUUUAUUCAGACCCAUUUAGUACAGGGAUUGGCUUCAUCAUCACUCUGACUGGAAUUCCUGCCUACUAUCUCUUUAUUAUAUGGGACAAGAAACCCAAGUGGUUCCGAAGAAUGUCAGACAUUAUAACCAGAACAUUACAAAUAAUACUGGAAGUUGUGCCAGAAGAAGAUUGUCAUAAAUUAUGAAUUAAUGCAUUUGAAAUCUUGGCAUUCAAUCCUUGGCUUUGUUUCUGUCCAAAGGCUGAAACAAACAAACAAAAAAAUGGAUCUUCACUCCAUUUUAUGAAAAUCCAGAGGAUUGCAACUUUGGGGAUGGAUGAAAGGAAUUGGUUAUUUCUAUUUAAUUUUCCAGUGUUUUCAAAGUGGUUACUAAGAAAUUUAGUUAUUAUUACUCCAUGUAGUUCUAGAAAGCUGAUAUGCAGAUAUACCAUAAGUUCAUAUGAUCAUUGAGUUCCCUAUACCUACCUGUUGAGGUUAGGGAAAAAGACUAUAGAAUGUACAGUUACUAUAGUCAUCUUUGUCUGUAAGAUAUCUUAUGGCUAAGAACCUUCAAAUUGAAGACUGAGAUGUUUUCUGCAUAUAAGGGUUUUGUAAAAACAAUUUUUAUAUACUGUAGAUGACUGUACUGUGAAAAUUGUUUCUACUCUUUUGGGUAAAGAAAAGUGUGUGCCAUCUUUACAGACAGUGGAAAGAAAUUUAUUUUACAUAGGUAUAGCAUUGCUUCCCAUAGAUACCAACUUAGAUAUCAUUCAUGUUUUAAUGGAUUAUAUCCAGAGCAGUUUGAACAAAGAACAGAGAGGGUAUGCCUAAUUUUAAUGAAUCCAUUAAAGAAGAGCUUCUAGGGGUUAUUGUUUAGGAGGCAAAUCCAGGAAUUAUGUUUAAGCAAAAAAUAUUCUUGAGAAUAUUAUGUUAGGAUUUUUUUAUUCAUUCAUUAUCAGGAAGCUCCAUGGAUACAUGCCAUUUUGUUUUCAUGGUAGCCUAAUUGAUCAGGAGAGGAUGUAGCACCUUUCUUAGAGUAAAGCAAUAGUCGGUUUGGUAUUAAAUUCUCUUAAGCACAGUCAUGUGUUUCACUAAUAAUUUACUCUUUGAUAAAUUUAUCUAAAUAUGUGCAUUUUAAAUCUUCAAGUUAACAAUAUCAACAGAAGACAGAAAUCACCAAGAGAGAAAAUGUCCAAAAUAUAUUGCCCAGAUCUAUAGAUCUGUAUACAUUGUUAGUGAUUCUGAAUAAUAUUUUAAUUUCAUAGCUGUUUUUACACGGUGCUGAAUUUGACAGUUUGUACAUUUUCUCUUUGGGUAAAACUGUCCAGAUCAAUUAGGAAAAGACAUAUGCAGGAGGCUUGGGUUCAGUCCCUGGGUUGGGAAGAUCCCCUGAAGAAGGAAACAGAAACCCACUCCAGUAGUCUUGCCUGGGAAAUCCCACAGACAGAGGAGCCUGGCAGGCUACAGUCCAUGGGGUCUCAAAGGGUUGGACAUGACAACAUGCACGCAUGCUAAGGAAGAAAUGACACUGCUAAAUAAGAUUUACAAUUGAUGUUUCUAAAAACUUUUCCAUUUCUGCAUUUAGGAUUGGUCAGUAAUCUCAGUAAUCUCUUCACCUUAAUUAUCAUUCAACUUGUGAAAGAAAUAACUAAUAACAAAUUCACUCAAAGAAACUGCAUGCAGUGUAUAUAUUCAGGCAGGUAUUAUUAUGCCAGGUUUAGAAAACAUUGGGGAAUUUUCAAAUAAGAAUAAUAUAAUGAAAUUUCUUAACUCUUACUUAAGUCUUGGAUUGAAUAGUCAUGGCCAGAAUACUUUUCAUUCUUUAAUUUUUGUCCAUGUGAAAAAAAGAAUUUUUGGUAAAAUUAUACUGAUUAAAAUUAGUAACGGAUAUUGGGUUCAUAGACAGUAGAUAAUAAUUUGAGGCAAUUACAAUUCAUUAACUUUCAGUUUAUUAAUUUCAAUUUCAAAAUUUAAUUAAUUAAAUUUCAAUUUAAUAUGUA